UUUUAGAUAUCUCCACAAAGCUUUCCAAACGUAUAUUUACCCAGAUCUAUGGAGUAGCGUAGCCUUCAUUUGAGAUGGAAUUCAAUUUCAACGACGUCCCAAUGUCAGAUCCAUUCCUAUCGUUGGAAACGAACCUUGAAGAUAUAACCGAUGUCAUACGAAUGGACACUCAGGAUGUGCUGACAAUGGAAACGGUCACUUGGGCUGAGCAUCAUCCACAACCGCAUGCUAGCCAAUUUCCACCAUAUCCCAAGCAAGUGUUGAGACCGAAUCAGCACAGUCCACCUCAGGAAUAUUACGAUUCGAAUAGGACACGGGAAAUCGGUUCCAUUGUGUCUCUUUUGCAAGCAGAUUCGCCACCAUCGUCAGAUCCGUAUGCUUCUAUGAAGUUUUCUCCGCCCAACUUUGAAACUUUGAACAUGAAUGGACCAGCGGGCAUGCUGCCAAAACUCGGACCUCCGGCGGCUCCAGCACCUCUACAAAUUCAUCCUUACUCACCAGGCUCACUGUCGCAUCAGCUUACCGCGCCUCCGAUGCAAGCUUUACCUCCGGUGGUCUCCCCUCCCGCCAUGUAUAUCGAUACAAAACCAUCGUUCCUACAAACGUCACCAUCCGAGCAUGGUUACAUGAUCUCGCCUGGAGCGAGUUACACCUCCUGCAUACCGGCCACAGCAACAGCAACUGUGAAAGUUGAAUCUCCUGUGUCAAUACAAAUGACCCGAUCACCAUCCGAUGGUAGUAUAACAGAAACGCAACGAGGGCAGAAUGGCAAGAGUGGAGCGACGACUAAGGAAGAGUUGUUGAGAUUGCUGGUUAAUAUGUCGCCGAGUCAGGUUGAGCGCUUGAAAGCCGGUCGUGGAGGUGCGAGUGGUCGAUCUCGUCCGGCAGGGGUGGCAACAAGAGUUUUGAGAGAUGAUACUUGGCCCGCGGAUGACGAGUCGGAUGAUGAAGAUGAUUUUGGAUCGGAGGAACCGAGACGAAAAGGCCCUAAGACUGAAAGGCGCACCGCUCACAACCUCAUUGAGAAGAAGUAUCGAUGCUCUAUCAAUGACCGUAUACAACAUCUGAAAACGAUUUUAGCCGGUGACGAUGCUAAGCUCAGCAAAUCUGCAACCUUGAGAAAAGCCAUUGAGCAUAUCACUAAGCUAGAGGCAGAAAAUCGCGAUUUGCGCCUUGAAGUUCAUCGGUUAAGUGGAGUUUUGCAGCAGCACAAUAUAGAGGUCUUGCCACCACCUGUCAUGGUAGUGGGUUCACCAGCCUUAAGCCCAUCAACCUCAUCCGCUAGUAUACAGUCUCCUGGGGCGAAUACAUCUCCUACGACAUCUCCCACCCCAAAAGGGGUAAAAAGACCGCGUACCAGCGCUGAGCAGGGACGAGUGACAAUUUUUGCCAUGAUGUUCGCCAUGUUGAUGUGGAAUCCGAUAAGCUUACUUGCGACAGGCGAUUCGGUGUCAGCCGGUGGCAAUCAUGACAUUGUCGCACCAACUGGUGGCAGGGUUUUGGCAGACGGCUCAGAUGCUUUUGAUAACUACCUGACAGCUGACCAGUGGUGGCAAAAAAGAUUCAUACAACCUUGUUUUGUGUGGUCUGUAAAUAUAUUCGUGGUCGUGUGUGUACUGACGCGGCUACUGGUCUAUGGAGAACCUGUGCAGGACUUCAAAUCCAGAUCCUGGCGAGUCUUCCUGUCCAUCAGAGCGCGAGCUCGUAAAGAAGCCGAGCAUGGGAAUGUGCGAGAAGCCCAACGGCAGUAUAUUGAGUGUCUGCAGAUCUUAGAACGACCCCUCCCAUCUGCUGGUCUUGAGCAAGCUCUUUCUGUGGUAUGGCAGAUUAUCCGACAUGCUUUAAAUGGCUUAUGGAUUGGAAGAUGGUUUGCUCGACGUAAGCGAGAUGCUGGAAAACCUGUCACAGUUGUCUGCAAAAGCCAUGCGCAUACGGCAAUGAUCUAUCACAAAAUGCAUCAGCUACAUUUGCUUGGUGUUGAUGAAACGAGUGAAGGAAUAUCCGGCUUGUACCUGGCCCUCUCCGCUGUGAAUCUUGCCGAAAGUGCCGGAGCUUCUAUUGAUGGUUUGCCUCGCAAUGUUCUGGCUGAUAUCUACAUCGCUGCUGCUAUCAGGACACGCCUCUGCCUACCUCCUUUUCUUGCCUCAAUCUUCUCCCCAUAUUUUUACAAGCGUGCUCGUCGUCAUAUCAGAAGAGCAGAUGAGGAUAGUGUAAGCGGUUUAGAAUGGUUGUUCCAUCCACUGUCUCGAGAGUUUUUGUCGGAUCCAGAGGCUCUACGAGCUAUUCUCAACGUCAAGAAAACUUCUCUAAAGCCGAUAAUUGGAGAAUGCGAUGCUGAUGUCCUUUCUCGCCUACGAGCAGCCUUCAAAGUGCGAUUGCUGACACUGUUGGCAAACGAGCUGUGCGGCGAGAUUGGGCAAAAAGAAAUUGACUUUGUCGACGUCUCUCGACUUCUUAUAAAUAUAUCAAUGGCUGGAGGAUUGCCAAAGAAGGAAAAUAAUUGGGACUGCGCCACAUGGCUAUCUGAAGGUGAUGCUCUUUGCACUUGGUGGACUCAUGUCCUUACCUGCGCUCUUUGUUGGAAGCAGGGCUUACGUGAAGAAGCCAAGCAACAUUACGCUAUUGUGCGACGAUGCCCAGACGAACUCCUCCAUGAUCCUCUGGCGCUAGCGGUCGGACACGCUUUCUGUGGCCGAAAAUUGUGUCGCGACGAUAGAGAUAGCUCUAACUUUGGUAAAUUCGUCUUUAUCCAUUCAAGGAAGGCGUUGGAGCAACUGAGGACAGCGUGCGGGAGGGAAGCUGGAGCGGAAGUGAGCCAGAUUCAGGAUACUUUACGCCGUCUUGCUUAUGAAUGGGUAAUGUCAUCGCUGUUGGAUGCAUGGCGUCAAGAAUUGGAGCCGCAGAAGCCGUAUUGGUGCCAGCAGACAAAUGCUGAUUACAGAACUUUAUAUCAAGAAGCUUGUAAUCACUACACUUAUCUACAACUCCACUAUGGUGGUGAACGAGGAAGUCGGCUUGCCACUUAUCAGUUGACCUCUCGAAUGCUGAAUGGGGCCAACCCUUUCGUGACUUGGGCAGCCACCUGCCGCAUAAAAAUGGAGCGACUGGAUGCUGUGAGCGGUCGCGUUUCAUAUUCUCGAGCUCAGCAGCCAGAUCCGUUUCAUCUGCACGUCCUAUGCAAAUUGCACGAUGAUCUACCAAGAAUGUGCCAAAGAGUUCAGUAAAUUGUAACUCGUAUUUUCCCGAUCUCGCAAGAGGUGAUUUAUCAUAUAGUCAUCUUCAAUUGUUCAUGUGUAGCCUGUGUCAGUAGAUUACUCAAUGUUUGUUCUCUACAGUUUUCAUUCGGCG